UACUCAUCAAAAUUGAUUCGCUGACGGUGAAUCAUCCACGUGCUUGACGGUUUACAAAAACGGCGGUGCUCCGGCGGUGUUCCAAUCCCCGAAAUGCCCUCGCUGGAGACUCUUCGAUUACGAUUCUUCUCCUCGAACUGCAACGCGUUGUCAAUCUUCGAUGCUCCAGGGUCGAAGAAAAUCACAAGAGGAUCGCACUCUCUGUGUACUCGAUGUUCGCAUUCCAUUCCCCGGUACGAUGGGGAUCAGGGAGGUUGUAGUUGGAAUUGUGGCGGUUUUCGAUGGACAUAACGGUGCUGAAGCUAGUGAGAUGGCGUCAAAACUUUUGAUGGAGUAUUUUGUUCUGCAUACUUAUUUUCUUCUUGAUGCAAUGUAUUCUGUUGUAUCAAAGACUUCCACAGGAAAAUUGCUUCACAGGCGAGACCAUGAUCACGGAAACUUAUUGCAUAGGUGGAAAGAGAUUUUAGGUUGGCAAUGGCAUGAACUGCAUUCUGAAAGGUUGCAGAAUGUAUUUUCUGCUAAUUUUGAUGAUUCUUUUCACUUGGAAAUUUUGAAGGAAGCAUUGUUGAGAGCAAUCCAUGAUAUUGAUGUAAGGUUUUCUGAGGAAGCCUCUAGAAAUAACAUUCAUUCAGGAUCUACAGCAACAGUUGUAUUGGUUGCAGAUGAUAAGUUUUUGGUUGCCAAUAUUGGGGAUUCUAAGGCUUUCUUGUGCUCUGAAAAUUUUCAGUCUCCUAAGGAAGCUAAAGCCUCCUUAUUAGAGCUAUAUAGGCAGACAGAGCGUGAUGGUUCUGUUUCUGUGUGGGAUCGUGAAAAGUAUAGAUUAGCUUCUUCCCAUGGGCUCAAUCAUUUUGCAGUGAAGGAAUUGACUAGGGAUCACCAUCCAGACAGAGAGGAUGAAAGAACUCGGGUGGAAGCUGCUGGUGGUCAAGUUCUAAAUUGGGGUGGUUUGCCUCGCGUAAAUGGUCAGCUGGCCAUUACACGAGCUAUUGGUGAUGUGUUAUUUAAAAGAUUGUUGGAAUUCUUUUCUCACGAAUGUGAUGAGAGAAUUCUCAACUGA